CCCUGGCAAGCCGGGCCCGGAGUCCCCAGGGAGCGGCUGCUUCCUGGGACGCCCUCCCGGACGCCCCCGCCGAAGGGUAACGGUUCUGGGCCCCCGGCAGAAGGCGCCUCCGGGUGACCCCCGGCGGGGCCCUGCGAGCCGCGGGAACCGACCCCGGGGCCUCGAGCGGGGAGGAAGGGGCUUUCCGGAGGCGCGGGGCCAGGGGCCGAAGGAGCCGGAGCGCAGCGGAGCAGAGCCGGGCCUCCUGUGCGCGGGGCAGGGCAGCGCCUGGUCUGGAGACGGACUCCGGGACCCUCGGGUGCGGGGGCCUCGGCGACCUGCCCCGCGGGGCGCGCGGCCGCGGAGUGGCCUAUUGGGGAUCCUCCCGCAGAGGGGCCGGCCCGGGGCGGGGAGAUGAACGGCUUUAGCACGGAGGAGGACAGCCGCGAAGGGCCCCCCGCCGCCCCCGCCGCCGCCCCGGGCUACGGCCAGAGCUGCUGCCUCAUCGAGGACGGCGAGCGCUGCGUCCGGCCCGCGGGCAACGCCUCCUUCAGCAAGAGGGUCCAGAAGAGCAUCUCGCAGAAGAAACUCAAGCUGGACAUCGACAAGAGCGUAAGGCACCUGUAUAUCUGCGACUUCCACAAAAAUUUCAUCCAGAGUGUACGAAAUAAAAGGAAGAGGAAGACAAGUGACGAUGGCGGAGAUUCUCCUGAGCACGACACUGACAUUCCUGAGGUUGACCUGUUCCAGCUGCAGGUGAACACUCUACGGCGUUAUAAACGACACUACAAAUUGCAGACCAGACCAGGCUUCAAUAAGGCCCAGUUAGCAGAAACUGUCAGCCGACACUUCAGGAACAUACCUGUGAAUGAAAAAGAGACCCUCGCCUACUUCAUCUACAUGGUUAAGAGUAACAAGAGUAGACUGGACCAGAAAUCGGAGGGCGGCAAGCAGCUUGAGUGAGGAAGAAGCGCAUCAAGGAACAAAGUAUGAUGCUUAAUGCACAGGUGAUAUCUGCCACGUUUAGGCCCAUAAAGACUGUUAAAUUUUAUUGUAAAUAAAGAAGUUUGAAUGAUGAA